AUGCCUGCCUUCCUCCGUCGCUCGUCCACCAAAAAGGGCGAGGACACGAAAAUCUCCGCCGAAGAGCGCGAGCGCAUGAAGCAGCGGACCGCAAACAUCGCCGACCCCAUCCUCUCCGCCCUCAAUGAAGAACAGCCCUUCCAGAUGUCCUCAAACCACCAGGGCGCAACCACCGUCUCCCCCGAACUCCACGUCCGCGACAUGUUUGGCUCCGUCAUCGAAGACCCCGAUCGUUCUAACCCCACCCGUCACCGCUCUGAGAGACCUCUCGACACCAUCCGUGGCUUUGAGUACGCAGCCACCGGAGACAAGCGCUUGAAAGAGCAGAUCUUCCGCGACAGACUCCCCUGGGAAGGCCGCCACAACGUCUCAACAUACUCGCCCUACGGCUCCGCUCCCAUCGACGACUCCCACUCCCAAGGCGUAGUCUACGACGAGUACGGCACCCCCAUCCCCCAGCCUCCCGCCACUCCUUCCUCGCGCACUCCCAUCCAGCUUGGUUCGACCGGUGCCGGUGAUCCUACUUACGACGCUCCUCUUCCCGACCCGAAGGAUAAGAAGAAAAAGAAGCGUGGUCUUUUCGGUCGCAAGAAAGACUAA